CAAUUCCAACAACAUGAGGCACGUUCUUGCAUUCCCAGGUUUUGACGGUAUACUCCACAUGAGUAACGCGGAGGUCAAGGAUCCUUCCCGCAAAGUUCUACAAAGCAUGGUUUGGGGAGUUGUUAUCAAUGCUGUUUUAGCUAUCGCGUUCACUACCUGCCUCUUAUUCACGAUCGGCGACUUGGAUGCGGUCCUAGCCACGUCCUACGGAUACCCCAUCAUCGAGAUCAUGUACCAGGCGACAAGACCGAAGGCCGGGGCUACCGCUCUAAUUAUGCUUUACAUGGUUGCGGGCGGUAUCUCCUUGUUCAGUUGCCUCGUCUCGGUUUCUCGGUUGACUUGGGCUUUUGCGCGCGACAGAGGACUUCCCUUCUCUACUACCCUGGCCUAUGUCCACCUUACUCUCCUAAUCCUCCUCAACUCGCUUUGGCUCGUCUCCGGCCUCAUCGUGCUCCUCCAGUUCAUCAUUAUCGGCUCAACCUCCGCCUUCUUCGCGGUCUUAUCCCUCGUGACAAUAUCGCUAUACUUCUCCCAAAUCUUCCCCAUCCUCUUCCUCGUGCUGAGGAAGCUGAGGGGCGCGCAUCCGGCCUACGGUCCCUGGCAUCUGGGCAGGUGGGGUCUUCCCAUCAACCUGGUUGCGCUCGCCUACGCCACAUACAUCACGAUCUUCUUGCCCUUUCCGCCUUUUCUGCCUGUCAUGCCUGCCAAUAUGAACUACGCGGGCUCGGUUCUGGGUUUUUUUCUUUUGCUUGCUCUGGAAGACUGGUUUGUUAGUGGUCACAGCCGGUUUCGGCUUGCUAAGACGGAGGCUGAGUCUGCGUACCCUGAGGAUUAA